GGUAGUCACAUGUUUGCUUGGCGGAAGCAAAACGCGUGAGACGGGACGCGCUUUUAGCUUAACAAGAAAGAAUAGCAUUGAGUUGAGACGUUUAAACUCUGACUGUUUCCCCUUUGGUAGUUGUUUCGUUUCAUAUAUGAGCAGACAUGGCGAUCACUCUGGAUUUUAGGACCCAUGCUGACCAGUCUUGCAGAUAUGCUGAAGAGUUUGUCAACAUUUACUACGACUGUGUGGACAAGAAAAGGAGGAAUCUGACCCGGCUCUACCUGGACAAAGCCACCUUGGUGUGGAACGGGAAUGCAGUUUCGGGGCAGGAUGCUCUGGGAGAGUUCUUUGAGUCACUGCCAUCGAGCGAGUUCCAGCUCCUAACUCUGGAUUGUCAGCCGGUUCACGAACAAGCAACCCAAGGCCAGACCACGUUGCUGGUAGUGACCGGUGGGAUUGCCAAGUUUGAAGGGAACAAACAGCGUUUUUUCAACCAGAAUUUUCUCCUCACAGCUCAGGCUUCACCAAACAGCGAUCAGCCGGUCUGGAAGAUCGCCAGUGACUGUUUCAGAUUUCAAGACUGGAAUAGCUGAGCUGAGCCUGGUCUCAAAAUAAUGUGCUUAUAAACCUCGAUGCUUUUGUACUUUCUGUUUGUAAAAUAAAAAAAUUGUGAAAUUCA